UAACACAGUUUGAAUUGCAGACAAAAGCCGAUGAGAGGGGCAUAAAGAGACUGGCAGAUGUGGACAGAACAAGGGGCCUCCAAACCAGAAGAGGAAGUUGAACAAGGGCGUGAACACAACUCCAUUUUUUCCGCUACGAGGAACUGGUAGAUGCUGCGCUCCAUAAACUGAUGUGAUACAGCAGUCUAAAAUGAACACCAAGAUCAUGUUGCGAAGGGCGUCUCUUUUUCUGCUGCUUGUCUUCAAAACGUAUGCAGUUGAAAACUUGACAGAAACAGAGACUUCACCACCACCGGAAAGCUCCACAUUUAACACAGAUGCACCCACGAUAAAGGAUCUUGAUAACCAGACAGGAGUCACAAUGAGCCCAGAGCCUCAGCAGUUUAACCUCUCUGAACCUACCAUGGUCAGAAACAUCUGUACAGACGCCACAAUGACCAUUCCUGUGACCUCCAGCAAGACAUCCACCACUCAGCGGACCACAACCGCCAGCCAAGCCGUGAGAUGGGAUAAGAGAUGGGAUGAGCCGUUUCAUUACGAUUACUCAUCUCUGCGUCGAGUAGGUCUGGUCAUCGCUGCUAUACUCUUCGUGAUGGGCAUCUUGGUGCUUGGCUGUGGCAAAGUGAAACGAAUGCCACGCUGCCGAAUAGGCAAAGGAAGUUCAUACGAGGUGACCAGAAGUUAACACUCCUCCUCGUCUUGAUCAAUAAACAGAAGAGCAGCAGGAGAACACAGAGGAGCCAGUCAGACCCGUUUCUACAGCGGUUACAGACUUUUAUUUCCCCCUUGUGAGAACAGCAUCAUAAGGACAAGAUGGAGAGGUUGUGUGUUUCUGUUCAUUAUUUCAGCCUGAUUUGCUGGUUUGUCACACUGAGGCGCGGGGGAAUAAGAUAAACGCCAGCGGUAACACAACGGCUGGGACUCCGGCAGAUCCCAGCGUAAUCACGCGCCUCAGACUCAAAAAUCCCUUCAUCCCUCCGCUCUCCUGCUCCAAACCGCUCUGUUUAAGCCUCAAACUUUGUACAACAUAGACCUGUACUUGCGUUUUAUGAUUAUUAUUUCAAUAGUGUGCGUCCUCAGAUGUGUCAGUCAUCUAGAAGCGCUGUGUGGCUCGCCGGCGCCCUCAAGAGGCAUUCAGAUUUAUUAGUGUUUCUCCCGUGAGUAGGGAAUAAAAAAAACAGGGUCUGUUCAA